AUGAACGUAGACUUUGAGCCUAUAUACUUAGCUAACAGACAUCGCGAUCUAUUCACUCGCUGGACUACUGUUGUCUCGCUAUCUUGUGACGACGUAGACGGAACUUUUAACCACAGUUGCAUCGUUUUGCCGCCCAGGCAUCGAAAGUUAACCAUGACCAUUGAGUUUGACCUCGACGACGGCGAGCUGGCUAUCGAAUCCUUGCUUCAGGAGGUAGUUGCCGCUUUGUCUCGUAGCCAAGCGUUCUGGCAUGAUCUUAACUAUACGCCCCAUUUUGCCACGGUCAGUGACCGCCAGUCGGUCCAAAUUUCACUUGAGUGCCACGUAUUCACCAACAUGAAGACCAAGAGCCUUCUGGAACAGCCACUAUCGAUCCUCAAGCACACAGACGUUAGGCUGUUCACCGUCGCCGCGCUCCAUAUACACGCAGAUCUACUGGGCCGCUCGGUCGCAGCAGGCGACGUUGUCCGGCAUUGCAACGAGUACAUUGUAUCCCUAUUCAUGUCGCAACUCGAAUUCCAGUUCCCGCUAGCAUUUUCAAGAACUUGUCGCCAACGUUUCCUUCAACAGGAGGCAUACCUAGGCUCAAUCUCAUAUGCACUAACCAACUCCGCGACGAUGAUCCCCAAGCUCGUGAAGCUUAUUUCCAAUGAUAAAACCGCAACAAUGUGUUAUAGGCUGCUCCAACUCGCUAGCGAUCGCCGUAAAGUCGCUAGGCUGGCUAAAUUCGAUUCCGGUGUGUCUCCCUUCCAGGUGCUUAAACGUUCUUGA